UCAUAGCCGAAUCAGUGUUUCGUCCAAUUGCUCAAACUCGCGAUUAGACGCCUCGCCGGGAAGAAGUUCGCUGUCAGCCGCUGUCCGCCCCGGGAUCUUCGGACAGGGGAAGGUCAGCCGUGGUCGCACUGCCGUCGAUCGUGGUCGCCCGUAAAACAGCCGCAGACCAGAGUCGGAAGGAAGGAGCUCGACACCGCCGCCAUCGUCCUGUGUCGCCGCUGCCAUUGGGAUCGCCGGAAACAGCCCGACCAACUGAUUCUUGUUUUGUUUAAUUUGCCAAUUAAUUGAGGUAAUAGGAACGAUGAAUAAUGAGACGGUCUUGGAGGCAGCGAGGGCGAAGAGAUGGAUGGUUGCUAGCUGGAGGAGUUAUCUAAUAUAAUAUUUAAGUUUGAAUUAUUAUAUUUUUAAGGGCAAGAACCUAGAGAUGUAUUUUGAUUAAGUACUUAGAGGCUUCCGCUCCGUUUUGUUAACUCUGAUGGAUGUUUAAAUAUUGUUUUGAAUUAAAUGUUUUAAAUUGUUUUGGAAAUUAUUGUGAAUGAAUGCCAAUUUAGUAGCAACCCGAUCCGCUGGUCCUUGUAUUCGGAGCCUUACUCUCUGUAAGACUUAACCGUUUGAGAGAAACGAUCAAUGGCUUCUACUCAAAACUUAUACGCAGGUUUAGGAGAAGGGCAAUCCACCACGAGGCCUCCAUUAUUUGAUGGAACAAAUUACACAUAUUGGAAGGAGCGGAUGAGAAUUUUCAUCCAAGCCAACAACUUUCUCCUAUGGAGAAUUAUCAAGAAUGGGGAAGAAGUGCCCAUGAAGAAAGUUGGGGAAACCACCGUUCCCAAAACCGAAGACGAAUACGAUGCGCAGGAUAUCAAGAAAAUAGAGAACAACGCCAAGGCUAUCAACAUUCUUUACUGUGCAGUAAAUCCGGACGACUACCGGAAAAUUUCAUGUUGUUCGACCGCUAAGGAUAUGUGGGACAAGCUCGAAAUCACAUAUGAAGGUACAAAUCAAGUCCGAGAAGCUAAGAUAGAUUUUCUAACCCAUGAAUAUGAAUUGUUUCGUAUGAAGGAGAAUGAGAAAAUCGAUGAGAUGUUUGAACGAUUGUCCAAAAUCGUUAAUGAUCUCCAUGCUCUCAAGAAGACGUACACUGACAAGGAGCUUGUGAGAAAAAUCAUGCGAAGUCUCACACCGGAGUGGCGAUCCAAAGCUGAUGCCAUUCAAGAAUCCAUCGGCAUCACCAACGUCACCAUUGACGGACUUAGAGGUAAUCUCAAAACCUAUGAGUCUACCAUUCUUUAUCCCUCUCUAGGUGAACAAAAGAAGAAUGGGAUUGCCCUCAAUGCAUCUACAAGCCAAGAACAUGCUAUGGAGGACUCGAGUGACGAAGACGAGUUUGGGGUCGUGCUCAAGAAAUUCCAUAAGUUCAUGAACCAAGAGUAUGAAUGGAAAGGAAAGAAGCAAGGAGGUCCACCCAAAUGCUAUGGGUGUGGAGAAGUUGGGCAUAUAAAGCCAAAAUGUCCAAACGCCAAGAACAAGAAGAAAAUGUUCAAGAAACACCGAGCCUACAUCUCAUGGGGAGGUGAUUCCGGCGACGAGUCAUCGGAAGGCGAAGAAAAUGAAAGCGCCAACCUUUGCCUCAUGGCACACGAGGAACCACCGGAAGAGGUUUUGAUAAUUGCCAAACCGCCGUGGAUAUGAAGAGUUUCACUGAAUAACUCAAGGUGUGAAGAAUGGCAUGGAACAAGACCAAAAAGACUCAAGGACAAGAUCAAAAAUUGAAGACUUAGUCGAGUCGGUCUCUUGUGAUCAAAACCGACAAUCAAUUUUCAAGUCUCGG